CUGGCAUUUUAGAUUUUAUAUACGCUAAAAUGAGGAUAAACACUCACGAUUGCGGAAAGAAGAUCAGCGCUUAGCCGUCUAUACCUUACUUCAUGGUGUUAUAUUGUCUGCAUUGGGAGAAAAAUAUUGUGCCAUUCUCUUAGUCAUUUGUACUGGAUGAUGGCUGCAUCUAGAUUCACUACUUGGAGACGAGGCUGGAAGGAGUCGAGAGAAGCGAAGCAGGCAAACAUUCGAUCUGAAUGUAUUCAACCCGACAACAUCCCAAGAUCUACAACUCCGACAUCCACAGCAACCACAGCAACAGCAAUCAAUUUCCCACAACCAUACUCACACAACUACCAAUCACAAGCACCAACCCCAUCCUCCAACACAAUGUCCCAAUCAGGCCGAGAGUCUCGUCUGGGCUUCCGGGAGUCAGACAUUGAGUACGCCCGCAAGGAGGUCGAGCGACGCAAGAGAGAAGAGCAAUUCAUCCGAAAGGAUGUCCCACUGGGCCCUGUCCCCCGCCUCCACAAGAAGGGGUCGUUGGAGUGGGCCCAAGGGGUCAACGCUGAGCGGCGGGCGGCUAGCAGGAUGGCUAGCUUGAACAAUCUGGGGGAGGAGAGGAAGAUGGGAGAGCCUGUGGGUGGUGGAUCGAAGCUGAGACAUUGUGAGACGGUGGGAGAUCUUCGUGCUGCCGCUGCCGCUGGAGAGGAGAAGGAGAAGGAGGAGAGUCGUACCGGUCGGUGGGACAUUGGCGGCAAGCUGAAGAAGUUGUUCGGAAAGAAGAAGAAUUGAUUCGACGAGGAGG